AUGAUGUCGGACGACAGUUCCGAGAUACUAAGUCGAUCAGACCUGGACGCGCUCGUCGACGAACACGUUCAGAAUGGAGAAUAUAAAACGGCAGUUUUCUGGGCGGAGAAACGGCUAGCGUUGUGCUCAGGUUGGCCAGCACACAAACGAUACCCAGAAAUAGCCAGAUAUCUUAAUGUAGGUUUAGUUUCUUUGUUUUCUUUUUGGGUUUAGAUUGAUUGGACUCAAUGUUGGUUGGAUGUGGGAGUAACGAAACUUAAAUUUGUCUACUAUGUAUAUUUAAUAUUGCGAUAAAAUAGACAUUAUGAGAUUCUAAAGGUAGUAGAAAGAUAGGAUAAGGUUAUCUUGUUUAUAAACUUUAGUACUUUUUCAAUAAGUUUCAAUUUUUAGGUCUUAACUAUUGCCCAAUGUUGGCAACCAGUAGUUUCAUAUUGCAGUCGUCAUGAUCUCCACUUAAAGCACGUUGUGUUUCAAUAUUUCUACGUAAAUGCUUCAUUUCAACUCAAAAACUUUGUUCAAGUUGCUCAAUUGGGGACAGCCGUGAGUUUUUCAAUUCUUAAAAUAACUUAAAUAAUGUUUUCGCUGUAAACGACAGUAACUUAUAAAUAAAUUGUUGAUGAAUCUAAAUAAGCUUUUGAUUUCAGAUUUUCAACGUUGAUGUAGAAUCAAAUUCAACGACAGCCCCUUACUUUCAACAGUUAGAUGAGAUGGCUAAGGAACGCAAAAUAGAGUCGAGGUUAAUGUUAGUUUUGUCCAAAGCCUAUUUGGCCAUGAAUAAUCGACCGGCAGCCAAGAAUUGCAUAAAAGAAUCACUACAACGGAAUCCCAACUCUUCUGACGCUCUUCAGACGGCGAUCGACUUUAAACUACUGUCAGAUAAGGAACUGAAGAAGUUGAUAGCGUCCAUACAUCACAAGGGGAAGAAGAGCACCGGAGGCAAGGUGAUGAGCUUGAUCUACGAACUCAGGUGUUCAAAGGUGAGUAAUAUGGGGUGGUUUGGUAUCCACUAGACAAAGUUGAAUUAAGCUAUGACCUAUUAAAGUGUUUUUUGAUAUUUUUUUAGCAAAAAUGUUGCUCUAAAGGUGAAUGAGGUACAUAUCAAAGAUGUUUGCAGGACAGAAUAAUUAACCUAUUCAUUUGCAGAACGAACCAUCGGACCUACAAGUAUAUAACACAUUAGCCAACGAUGUCUCCGUCCAAUCGGCGAUGGCCGUCAAGUUGUACAACAAAGGCAACAUCUCAGAAGCCUUCCAAAUUACUUCAGGGAUUCUCAGCGAACUCGGGUAUUAUGACGUGAGUUAUCUCUUAAAUCUGGUUUUUAACCUUAUAGAUAGUAUUUUUAGACAUUUAUUCUUAUAUGCAUGUAUGUAGACUUUUUGAUUAAGAUUAAAGUUACGUGUUUUAUAUUUUUUUAAAUAUUUAGAUCCAGAGGUAUCUUAACGUUGUCACAUUUUAGAACUGCAUUCUAGUCCAUAUAGCCUCAUUAGUGUCUCUCAAGAAGAAAAACGCUUUGUUCGCCCUCAGCCAUCAACUGGUCGAUUCUCAGCCCGACAGUCAUAUCACGUGGUAUGCCGUGGGAUGCUACUACUACACUGUCAAUCAAUUUUCUACCGCCAAAAAGUUUUUGGGUAUGUUUUGAAUUAUUUUUUCUGAUUUUAGAUGCGCAAAUAGUACGAAGGAACAUUGUUGUUGCAGAAAAUAGUCUAAUGGUAUACCUAACUACUGUUCUUUAUGUUAUAAAGAACAAACUUAACUGUUGAUUAUAAUACCGUUGUGUCACAUUGGCUAAUAUGAAAUACGAGAGAUAUAUAAUAUACCCUUUCCAGAUAAAGCAACAACGAUGAACAACGGAUUCGGGGAAGGGUGGAUGGCCUACGGGCAUGUGUUGUUCUACUCAGAAGAACAUGAACAAGCCAUGAAUUGUUUCCUGAGGGCAUCGAGAGUGCUGGAAGGCAACUUUGAACCUCUACUGUAUAUUGCUCUAGAACAUUCGUUUGCCAACAGCUUCAAGCUGGCUGGAGAGUUCAUGAGGGAUGCUGAUGCCAUCGAACCCAACAACCCCAUCGUGUCACAUGAAGAAGCCACUAUUGCCUACUUACAACAAAACUAUACUAGUAUGUGUUUUAAGUUACCUUACCUUUUUCUAAUUUAAAAGCAAAGAAAGCUAUGUUUUGCUUUUUUAGAUGUUGAAAUAAGAUAUGGUUAUGACAACUACAAGUUUCAGAAGCCGAACAAACCUUCCGCAAAGCCAUCCGUCAAGUCUGUAAAGCGUCGCCUCGUGAGAACUUCAGCACGACGCUGAGCCGACCGUGCUCCGACUUUUGGGAGCCAAUGUUCCAGAAUAUGGGUCACUGUCUGCGACGGAUGCGACGCUACGAUGAAGCCAUCGAAGUGUUCAGAAAGGCUUUGGCCUUAGGAAAGAACAAGUCCCAAGCGUGGGCCAAUAUCGGCGUCUGCUACGGAUGUUUGGGCCGUCUGAAUGAAGGCAUAGAAGCCCUAAACGAAGCCAUAAUCAUGAAUCCGGGCGACGAGUACGUGGAACGAGCGCUACGAAUGCUCAUCGACCAGUCGGCCAAACUCCCCUUGGAUGACAUCCUCGAACCGGUGUCAGCGGCCGAAGAGAACGAGGAGAACAUGGAUUUCCUGGCCGACGAUUCCAUCCGUGGCCUAGACGUCGAUUCUGAUAUGAUGGACGUCAGCGACGACAGGACUGCCCAGAAGCUUCUGAUCCACUCUACCACGCCCAUGAGGACACGAUCACAGACCAAUCGGUAA